AAAAGGCAGACACGGGACAGAAGUUCUACACUUUAGGGGCUUGCUCUGCUAAUAACAAAGCCACAGAAGAAGACAGAGUUCCACCAUGCCUGGCUCAGCACUGCUAUGUUGCCUGGUCUUACUGGCCGGAGUGAGGACCAGCAGAGGCGAGGACACCCAGCAAGUGGAUAGCUGCAUCUACUUCCCAGUCAGCCUGCCGCACAUGCUCCGAGAGCUCCGCACUGCCUUUGGCCAGGUGAAGACUUUCUUUCAAAAGAAGGACCAGCUGGACAACACACUGUUAAGCGAGUCCUUGCUGCAGGACUUUAAGGGUUACUUGGGUUGCCAAGCCUUGUCAGAGAUGAUCCAGUUUUACCUGGUGGAAGUGAUGCCCCAGGCGGAGAACCAUGGACCAGACAUCAAAGAGCACGUGAAUUCUCUGGGAGAGAAGCUGAAGACCCUAAGGCUGCGCCUGCGGCGCUGUCAUCGAUUUCUCCCUUGUGAAAAUAAGAGCAAGGCAGUGGAGAAGGUGAAGAAUGAUUUUAGUAAGCUCCAAGAAAAAGGUGUCUACAAAGCCAUGAGUGAAUUUGACAUCUUCAUCAACUGCAUAGAAGCAUACAUGACAGUGAAGACGAAAAACUCAAAUAUUUAGAGUAUAUGUUGAGUCUACUGAACUCUAGGAUGUAAACUGGAGAUCUCUAAAUCUGAUCCAGGGAUCAUGGCUAGCAGAAACAGCUCCUUUGAAAAGUCUCAUUGUACCUCUCUCCAAGAAUAUUUAUUACCUUUGAUACCUCAGCUCCCGUCAUAUUUAUUUACUGAGCUUCUCUGU